AUGAACUUUCUGUGGCAGUGGAGUAGGACAGAUGGAACGUGGGACCAACUAGCUCCCAUUCCAGAGCCUUGCGGCCUCGCGUUUCACACGGCGAACUAUGACGAGUUCAUCGAGGAUGGGAUGAUGGUCUUUGGUGGUCGUCGUGGAACAUCUGGGUCACGGUGCGAUUCCACGACUCCAAGAGUUUCGAGCACUCUUUGGUUCUUCGACAUAUCGACGAAGACCUGGACGGAGAAGACAACAAGUGGCGAUGUACACGGUGUGUGGGGGCAUGCGAGCACCUUUUUCUUCUCCCAUGGACCUGAAGAAUGGACCGGAAUUUUCCUCCAUGGCGGCCGCCUGCAAGACGGAUCCACCGAUAACACUUUCCGUUUUUUCUCCACUCUCGCUGGCACUGGCACUCCGAUAACCUUUGUGAAGCUUUCAUCUACGGGGUCGCAGCGGAUGUUUCACACUUUGCUGAUUUUGUGGGACAUGGGCGACAAUGAACUCGAACCCGAUGACGACGAGCGCAUGAAGGUGAUGGGAGGGAUGCGUUCAACGCAAGAUUGGUGGAUUCCUCAAAGCGCCUACAAUGCGACCACCACCAUGAGCCUGAACUACAAUGCCUGGCAGAAAAGGUGGGAUUGGGACUGGUCUACGAGUGAAUUCAGCUAUCCCAGUGCAAACGGUGUGUGGGGACAAGCAGGCUUGGACUACUCCUGGCAGUCGGGUGGCGUCUUCGGAUUCGGGAGGGCAAUAUUGGUGCUUGGAGGUUGCCAUGGAACCACUUGUGCCCUCACCAACGACCUCUAUGUGUACAAAAACGCAGGUCAAACCGCUCCAGCCCUUUUGUCACUGCUUGGUGUCAUGUUCUUGAUGUACGCAGACCGGGCUUGCUUCUGA